CGCAAAUAUUUUAUAAAUAUUUUAAACUGUUUUAGAAUAAAAAAAAUGGCGCCCGCCUGGGGUACACCUACCUCUACACUGGACUGGUGUGAAGAAAAUUAUGAGGUGAGCUGGGCAAUAGCUGAGUUUUGGAACACAGUUUCCAAUUUAUUUAUGAUUAUACCAGCGCUUUACGGAGUUUAUCAAGCUAGAAAACAAGGUCUUGAACACAGAUAUGUAAUUGUGAACUAUUUGUUCCUUCUGGUAGGAGUUGGAUCUUGGCUUUUCCAUAUGACUUUAAGAUGGUCUAUGCAGCUGCUGGAUGAAAUACCUAUGGUGUGGGGUACAAGCUAUAUGAACUACUGCAUGCAUUUGGUUGCGUUUAAACCAAAAGAAGGUUCUCCGAAGAUGGCAGCAGCGCUAACCUUGUACAAUAUUCUCUUUACCCUGGUUUAUCUUAUCUUUAGGAAUCCGCUUAUUCAUGAGAGUAUGUAUGGCCUGUUGGUGGUUGUCAUGGUGUAUCAAUCCUUUUACUAUCUCAAAACACAAUACACCAGAGAGGGAACCCUGUUGUACAUAACUGGUUUUGUUAUGUACCUUACUGGAUUUAUCUUGUGGAACAUAGAUAAUACAUCCUGUGCGAGUGUGAUAUCUAUACGUAAUUCUCUUCCUGUGAUUCUUCAACCCCUUCUCCAACUGCAUGCGUGGUGGCAUAUUCUUGCAGGAUAUGCUACCUAUCUCAUGAUUCUCUACUCUGAACACCAAAGGUUGACCUACUUGAAGCGUGAAGUGACCCUAUCGCCUAGCUGGUGUGGACUGACAGUUAAGCACAAGCGCGCUGGUCAGAUGGGCUGAACAAAAGAAGAAGCUUCUGAAGACAUUAAGAAUUACUUCUGAUAAGAAAAGAAGAAGCUUCUGAUAAAAUAAAAAAAGCUUAUGGACAAUUGCUCAAAAUAUGCAUUCAAUUUCUACAACUUUCAUACAGUCGUCUCGUAUAUAUCGUUACAAUAAAGACGACGUUCUAUUUAAAUUUAGAUUUCCCCGUGGCUAUCAAACGGAUUGGAUACAGAUAACAAUUGAAAUAAAGAGAAGUUGUCACAUAUUAUUUUAAUGUUGUAACUUGUAAUUUGAAAAAGUUUGUUAGAAACCAAAACCUGAAUAAAAAAGUUGCCUUCAUUGUAUUGAUACAGACGCUGACCACUGUAGCACAUGCAUAGACGUUAAAAUAUACUAAGUAAGUAAAUGUAUUAUGUAUUUCACUGUAGAUAACGCAUUACCUAUACUCACAGUACAGUGUAUACUGUACAUUAUUACAUGUCCAGUGUACAUUGUACAUUAAAACAUGUCCAGUGUACACUGGACAUUAAAACAUGUCCAGUGUACACUGUACAUUAACACAUGUCCAGUGUACACUGGACAUUAAAACAUGUAAAGUGUACACUUUACAUUAAAACAUGUCCAGUGUACACUGUACAUUAACACGUGUACAGCUUGUUUGUGUUCGCUAAUGAAGAAAAUGUUGUGUGAUGAUAUGUAACAUCAAUAAGCUAUGAUAUAUCCGGUGAAUAAUUUCCCGGUUUCUUUCCAUACUCGGUAGUUGAUGUACUCAUUUAGAGCCCAAGAGAUCGGCCCGGUACUUCAAAUAAACCAGAAUUUAGAGUAAUGUACUCCACUCUGUAUGUACACUGUACAGUGUACACUGGUUAUGUAAUAAACCUUUAUGUACACUUUUAUCAUGAUUCAACGCAUAAAGUAAAUAUUAAGUUUACAAAAAAUAGAUAAAAAAUGUUGAAAUAAAGUUAAAUUUUACAUGAACAAAUCAUCUAUGCCGAACAGAAUGACUUUAUGUAAAAAACCACAUAUCAAACAAUUAUUAAGUUUUAAACUUUUAAUUUGUAAAAAAAUAUAUAUUUGAAUGUU